CCAUACAGAAACGUAACAUCCGCUGCUGUAAUUAGCCAUAGCUCCGGCAUCAUUUUGGUGGCCUCGUCCCUGACACAACCCGGCAUUGUAAGUAGACAAGCAAAUUAUUGUAUUCGAUUCAGACGACCAGCAAGCAUGAGUGCCGAGCCCAACUACCGAAGAACUAAACCAGGCAAGAAGACCUAUCAAAACAAUUCUGCAAAUGGCGUGGUUGGGCCCACCUCCCAGAUCCCCGGCCUGUGUCAGACCGCGGACGAGAAGGAGCCUGAGCAGAGGACCACGGGGCGGCGCGUGGGGAUCUUUGAGUCCGACUCCGACUAUGUGAAGCUGGCCAAAGGGGGAGGACACAAAGGUUUGCUGUCACAUGAUGAUGAGGAGGAGGGGGAGGUGAGGCAGACAUCCUACAGACCUGCUGACUUCUUCAACUCAGGGGACCGCUCUCCACUCAGCCCAAGCUCGUCGGCAGACAGCACCUCUUCCCACAGGGGCCGUAGGAGUCCCCCCAAGGGGGCGGGCCAGUCUCUGGCUGCUCCCUUCGGCACGGACGAUAUCUCUCCCUGGGACCAGCUGGACUCUGGGGACAAGGUAAAUGUGGGCGACGUGGCUGCUCAAGUUGAGAACAUGAGCAUGGGGCCACCCAAGGAGAACUCCAAGUACAAGAAGAUAUCUCAUGACAAGAAGUCCUCCAAGGAGCCGGUGAGCAUGUCGAAGCUCUUGAGCUUUGGAUACAUGGAGGAUGAGAAGAAGGGCGGCGACGACGAUGCAUCCAGCAUGACAUCUGAGCAGACCAGCACCUAUGUCGACGACCUGGAGUGAGGAAGACGAGGUCGCCACGACGGGCGGCGAGCGAGCACAGAGCAUCCCUCCAUGCUGUGGCUCCAUCUUGCUUACAUAAGAACAGUUACAUUGUGUUCGUUACUUAACAUCUCUCUGUUAAUAUGCCAAGCUCAUAUGGUACUUUUGUUUUGUUUUGUAAAAGCAACAAACAAACGAUAAAAAAGUGUGGUUUUUGUUAUUGUACUUGAAUGCCAUGAGGUACAAGUGAGUUUGUACUAAAUUAUUCUUCAGUUCUGUUGGCUGUUGACUGCCAAUGCAGCACAUUGUAGUGGAUAUGCUCUGUGCCAGGGGUGUAAUUUUUGUUCUCGUGUAAAAUGUUUUGGUUUUUUUUCUAUCUCAGGCAUUGUUUUUGUUUUUGUUUUGUUAUUGUCAUAAGGGCUGGGUUUUCUGUGUGUGAGCUCGCUAGAACUGAUGCACCCCACCCAUUCACCAGGAACUGCUUUUGUCGAACGACUUUCCUGGCCACGUUAUCACGUAAUUGUAACGCUACUGUCAAACAAACACAUUCACAAAACCUAAUUCAUGCAGUUAAAACCCUAGACAUAGACACACAUAUCACGUCUUUUUACUUCAGUAAGCUGAGGCAAAUCCCAUCGCUAGAAUCACACCUUAAAUCUUAAAACACCACAUUUUAAACAUUUAAAAUAGGAUAAGGGUCGCACAACACAACACAGCACACAGAUGUGCUUCAAUAGAUCAAAACGGACAUUAAUUCUUCACACAUCUACGAACAGUAGACACUACAUUUCUACACCAUGAGAAAAGUGCCAUCGAUUUCUAAUCUCAGAAUUGAACACAAUGAAUGAAAUCUCUGAGGAAGCUUCACUUUAGGAUGCAUGACGCCACUUGAGCUGAGACGCUUUCAUUGCCGUUUCCUCGAACGAGAGCAGCGGGCGGGGUAAUUCCAAGAAGCGAAUUCGGUAGUAAAACCAGGUUAAGUUGAGCUUGAGGUAGUUGUAGAUCAUGCCAGUGGGCUAUCUGUUAGCUAGCAGAUCUACCACUUUACUUCUUGUGGGUUAACUAAUGCCUCUUGUCCUCUGCCGUUUUUCUGGUAGGCCUACAGCGCGACUCGGUUGCCACUUUAUUGCUUUCUGAUUGGGCACGAGACAGCUCAAUCUCAGGGGCGGCUAAGUCGCGCUGUGUCGAGCUGUAGGCCUACCAGAAAACCGACAGUGGAAAAGAGGUAUUAGUCUGGUUUAUCACUUCACCAUGUUCUUGGAAUACCCCAUAACACUGACCAUGACAGUUGUUUGUAGUGCAUAGGGGCCUCUUGUUUUGUGUGUUUUACUGUAAUUGCGCACUUUUAUUAACAGUGCAAUCCUGACUGACAUAUUUGUAAAGCUGUUUCAAGGCUACAGGUACAUCAAGAACUACGUACAUAGGACCAAGAGGUCCUUCUUCCAUUUUGUUUUCUUCAAUAUUUUUUGUUCCGUGCGUUGUAUUGUAUUUCUUCCAUGUGUGGGCUCUGCCUAGUGAAUUGCGGUUGGAUGUACAGUGACAUGUUCAUUUUUCUGCCAAUGCAGAGAAGCAGACAUUGGGGGUAUGCCACUAUUUUGGGGCUGAAUACGGUUAAAAUCGUUGCCCUGAGUUUAUAAAGGUGGUGAAGUGUCUUAUUUUUAAUGUUAGGCAUUGUCUUGUUUUAAGGAAGGAGUAAGUAUCUAAGCUAGUGAGAGUCAAUGGAUCACACAUGCUACAGUGUUCCAUAGACUUUCACUAGCUUAGCUACAUACUCCCUCUUUUAACUUGUCUUAAAGCAAGACAACACCUAACAUGAAAAUAAGACCCAUUACCAACUUAAUAAACCGAUUUAACUGUAUUAAGCCCCAAAAUAGUGGCAUACCCCUUUACGUCAGUCAUCCUCCACACUGAAACUGAAGGCCCAUGUUCUCUAGAGAAAGCCUUGUGCUUGUACUAUUGUCAACUGACUAGUUUAAACACUGUUUAACACCAGUUCAACUGACCGGUUUUAAGACUUGCUGUUGGUUAUGAAAAACAAAGCUCAAUGAAGUUGUCUGCAUGUGCA